AUGAUCGACUUCGCUCCAGCCAGCGUGCCACUGGAUCGGCGCCUGCAGACAGCGGCCGUCCUGAAGUGGGUCUUCUGCUUCCUCGCUCUGGCCCCCUGCUGUAUUGUUCUGUUCAUCUACCUCCUGUUCACGCGGUUUUGGCUGGUCUGUGUGUUGUACGCCACCUGGUGGUUCGUUGACUGGGACACGCCGAGCCGUGGAGGAAGGAAGUCCCCCUUUCUGUGUCGACUCCCUUUGUGGAAUUACAUGAGAGACUACUUCCCCAUCCAGCUGGUGAAGACGGCCGAGCUGGACCCCAGGCACAACUACAUCCUGGGCUUUCACCCCCACGGCGUCCUGGUGACUGGGGCCUUCGCCAACUUCUGCACGCAGGCCACGGGGUUCGGCCAGCUGUUCCCCGGCCUGGAGAGCUACCUGCUCAUGCUGCCGCUGUGGUUCCGCGCGCCUUUCUUCAGAGACUACAUCAUGUGUGCAGGUCUCAUCCCUUCUGACAAGGACAGUGCCAGCUAUUUGCUCCGUAGGGAAGGGGGCGGGAACGCUGUAGUCAUCGUAGUGGGCGGAGCUCUCGAGGCACUGGACGCUCAUCCAGGUGCCCACACGUUGCUGCUGGCCAAUAAAAAAGGCUUUAUCAAGCUGGCAAUGGAGCAUGGUGCCAGCCUCGUCCCUGUUUAUUCUUUCGGAGAAAACGAGGUGUUUGACCAAGUCCCCAACCCGCACGGAACCUGGCUGCGAUGGAUCCAGGAGCACCUGCAGAGCAUCAUGGGUAUUUCCCUGCCCCUCUUCCAUGCGCGAGGGGUUUUCCAGUACAGCUUCGGUCUGGUGCCCUACAGGAAGCCCAUCGCUACCGUUGUGGGUAAACCAAUCAGGGUGAAGAAAAACCAGAAGCCCUCGGCUGAGGAGUUGGAUGCGGUACACCAGCUCUACAUGGAUGAGCUCGCACAGCUAUUCGAAGAGCAUAAAGGCAAAUAUGGGAUUUCUGAAGACACACACCUGAUCUUCCAGUGAACAGCAGAGCUGAAGACACACACCUGAACCGCAGACCUGAAGACACACACCUGAUCUUCAUAUGAACAGCAGACUGUGGACAGAUGCAGUGUGUGUAUGUGUGUGUGUAUGUGUGUGCGCGUGCAAGAGAGAGAGAGA